UUUAUACUAAACAACCAACCCAAAGGUAGUGAAGAAAGUCCAGAAGCUCUAAUACUGAUCCAUCAUCUUCAACAGGAAGCAACUGAUUCCACAAUAUCAGAUCCAGUAGGAGAUCCAGGGAUCAGAUCUGCUGAAAUGAACCAGGAGGAACGGAGGAUCGUGCUGCUGGGGAAGACUGGUGUUGGGAAGAGUGCAACAGGAAACACCAUCCUGGGAAGAAGAAAUGCAUUUACAUCAAAACAAUCUUUUAACUCUGUAACAAAACACAGUGAACGUGCAGAAGCUGUGAUAGGAGGAAAACGUGUACGUGUGGUUGAUACACCAGGAUUCUUUGACACUAGGUCACUGUCACAAGGUCAGUUAGCAGAGGAGUUGUGCAGAAGUGUCAAACUCUCACAAGACGGAGUUCAUGCUUUCAUUCUGGUUUUCAAAUUUGGACCAUUUACAAAACAAGAAGAGGAAAUAAUUACAAAGUUAAAAAAGGCUUUUGGUCAGAAGGUUUUAGAUCACACAAUUCUUCUGUUUACUCAUGGUGAUGGUGUAGGAGAGGAAGAAAUAGAUCAGGCAGUACGUGGAAAUAAAAGUCUCCAAAGAGCUUUAGAUCAGUGUGGAGAAAGAUUUUACUUCAUUAACAACUCAGCUCUAAACAACAGAGAUCAGGUCACUGAACUUCUGCAGAAGAUAGACAGGAUGGUGCAGCAGAAUGGAGGAAGAUUCUACACUAAUGAGAUGUAUAAGAAAGCACAGAGCUUAACCUUGAAUGAAUUAUGGGAAAAAUGUAAGAAAUGUUUUUUUAUGAUUAUUGAUAUACUCACUCAGAGGUUAAGUCCGCUAACAGAACUGGUUUUGAGAUUGUUGUCACGGUUCUCUCAGAGAGAGGAGAGUGAGCAUUUGUUGCAUAUGGACUAGUUGCUGGUGGUUGAGGAAUGGAAGGUUCUGUUCAGGAGGCAGAAUCCUGCAGAACCCCUCUGAAGUAAAGUAACUUUAUAUUAAUGAGAGUUUAAAAUCACAAGGAGACACAGAGAUAGUUUAAUCAUGAAAUCAUUUCUAUUAUGCUAUAGUAGUUUAUAUCUUUAAAUAGAAUCAAAUAAAAUCUUUAUCACUAUACACAGGUACAAUGACAUUUUGUAUGGCAGUGAUAGAGAAAAAUAGUAGCAGUAAAAAUCACAAAUUAUUUUAGUCUUAAAAAAACAUGACAAUGAUUUUAGUUCUGAUGAUUGUUUCUAAUUUAAUGUUCUAGUGUUGAUGUAUAAGCUUCUUUAAGGUUUUUGUUUUUUAUUCUCUGUAUUCUUACUGUUAAAUACUCCUCACAAUCUACACAAUUAUAUCAAACUACAUAAAAUAUAAGAAAUAUUUACAGUAAAGCUAAUAUGUGUAUAUAGUAUAAACAAUAUGUACUGUUACUUCAUUAAUCUUUAUUAACUAUUAAAACCAAAGCAAUUUAUUUUAGAAUUAUACUGCACG